ACUCCCCUACAGGCACACGCUAGCUCAUGGCAACUGCUGUGUUGCCUAGGCCUUGAAGAAUGCCAUAACAAUUCAAAGAAUGAGAGAUUCCUUCACUCAUGUAUAAUUUUUUUUCCAGCAACAUUUGUUUAUGGGAUAAUGAUUAUUGACAAUUUUAUUGUUAAGAUUGCUAUCGAUUCGAAUAAAAAAUAGACUAGAGAGGGAAAGAACUCAAAAGAGCAAGACACAAGUGGGUUUUCUGGGAAAAGGGGAAUGGAGGGUGGGAAUCACAGGAGAAGGUGGACCAGUCUAAAACAACGGCUAGGAUUCAAGGGGAUGGGCUGCUGUGGUGCCACGUGGAGACCCACUUCUUCGACUUUGACCAUCAUGGAGGCUCUCCAAGAACAAGAAGACCAACAACACAUGGAACAAGUGGAAGUAGUCACCACCGUGAAUCAUGGUCCAGCACCGGCGGUUAUGAACCUAGCAAUGGCAUUAGCGGCGGAGCGCAAUUCACGGGACGAGAAUGUGGGACCCACCACGGAAGUUAAGUCUUUGAUGAGAUUGAUUGAAGAAACGGACGGCGUUGAUUGGAGGAAGAAAAGGAGGAGGGACAAGGAAGUGGACGGAGAUUGGGUGUGCUGCGUGUGCAUGGAGAGGAGUAAAGGUGCGGCUUUCAUUCCCUGCGGGCACACGUUUUGUAGGGUUUGCUCGAGAGAGAUGUGGGUGAACCGAGGGUCUUGUCCUCUUUGCAACCGUUCGAUCCUCGAGAUCCUUGAUAUCUUUUGAGAUCUCAUUUCAAUGUUUUUCCUCCCAACCGUCCGAUCUACUACUUGGUACCAUUAAAAUCAUAUGGUGUAUGUAUUCUCCAAUAUCCCUCAAUUUUGUGGAGAGAAUUAA